CACUUGUAAUAGGUUCUUUGCUAGGUUUUUCUUCUUGAGCAUAACUGCAUGAUUAGUUCAUGUGUCCAAGUAUCCUUUUUCUUUUUGGCCAGUUUUCUGGAAGAUGCACAGAUGGUAGAAGCUUUGCACGCAAUUUCAGGGUUGAAAAGAUGGACAUGAAGUUUCUGAAGGAGAAGACAACUUCGAACCAUCUUAAGAAUUCUCAAAGCGGCAAAUUGGUCAAAAAAGACUUCCCAAAUAUUGAAGGCAACAGGAACAAUGAUAAGCUGCUUCAGAAGCUUUUGGUUGAGGAGCAUUCUGAAGAUUUCGACAUUGAGGAGGGUCAGAUUAUAGAGCAAGAAGGAAAUAAUGGAGAUAAUGUGGAAAAGAAGCUUGUUUCUGAUAUUGCAAUCCGGAUCUGUAUUGUGAAGAAGAGUAGAGAAUGCAUUGGAAAUGCUUCCAGUGGGAACAAGGAUGCAAGUGAAUAUGACAAUCAAAGGAUUCUGGAAACAAUGGCAAAGAUGGAGAAACGAAGGGAACGAUUCAAAGACCCUGAUUCAAAAAAAGAGGAACCUGAAAAUGCUCCUAAGGUUGAAGUUGAAUUGGUAGACGACACCAGUGAUGCAAAGCUGCAGAGGCCAGCCAGAAAGAGGAGGUGGGGAAGUUAGAUUUCUAUAGUAAAUCUCACUAUACUGUUUUACAGAAUAGCAUACAGGGUAAUUAUAGUCCUAGACCUUCAGGUUUCCUCAAAAUGAUUUGAAUGUGUUGGAAAUGGAGCUAACCAUAAUGGAAAUUAUGUGUUCUGAUUUCUUAAACUUCUUUUUGAAUUUAAUCCCACUUUGCUUCUUGGUUAUUAGCUGGAAAUCUGUAGUGUGUUAUUAAUGGUGAUUUUUGUAAUAAUUAAGACCUCUUUAA